AUUUCUCAGUUUUUGUACCGGAGGACAUAACAAAUCGACGGACAAGGGUUGCCCGAAAGUAAAUACCGGGUGAAUUGGAUGGCUUUUAUAGUCCACUGAGCAAGUUACAUAUUAAAAUGUAAUUAAUUCAAAAAUACAGUUUAUAGACAUUUUCCUGUAUUUGCUGUUAUAAGUUUAAAGUACGAAAAUCUAUACAACGUAUAAGGGAGUCUCUGUGCGGAGAUCAAAUGCUGUUGAAACUGAGAGUACAAACGUUUCCGAAUAACUCUACAACAUUCCCCUAAAGAAAGCUUACUUUGUCUGUUGAAAUUAUAAACAUGGAUGAAGAACCAGAGAGAGCAAAACGCUGGGAAGGAGGAUACGAACGAACAUGGGAGGUGCUGAAGGAGGAUGAAUCUGGAUCUCUCAGAGCUACUGUGGAGGACAUUCUUUUCCAGGCAAAGAGGAAAAGAGUGUUUGAGAGUCAUGGACAAGUUCGACUUGGGAUGAUGCGGCACCUCUUUGUGAUCAUUGAUUCAUCUAGAUCAAUGGAAGAUCAAGACCUGAAGCCCAAUAGGCUGACCUCAACCUUGAAGCUGAUGGAGUAUUUUGUAGAGGAAUACUUUGACCAGAAUCCAAUCAGUCAGGUAGGAAUCAUUACCACCAAGAAUAAGAGGGCGGAGAAGCUCACUGAUCUUGCAGGGAACCCUAAGAAGCAUAUAGCAGCUCUGAAGAAAACCGUGGACUCCACAUGUGUUGGCGAACCGUCUCUCUACAACUCUUUGAACUUGGCUAUGCAGACUCUGAAACACAUGCCUGCUCAUACAAGCAAAGAGAUCCUGGUUGUUUUCAGCAGUCUUACCACCUGUGACCCAGCCAACAUCUAUGAGCUUAUCAAAACUCUGAAUGGUUUGAAGAUCAGAGUGUCUGUGAUCGGUCUGUCAGCAGAAGUUCGGGUGUGCACCAUUCUCACAAGAGAAACUGGAGGAUCCUACAAUGUGAUUCUGGAUGAGAGUCAUUUUAAAGAGUUGCUGAUGCUGCAUGUGAAGCCGCCUCCAGCCAGCUCCUCCUCAGAGUGCUCCCUCAUUCGCAUGGGUUUCCCCCAGCAUGUCAUAGCCUCCAUGUCUGAUCAGGAUGCCAAACCCUCGUUUAGCAUGUCGCACCUAGACAGCGCUGGUGAACCAGGACUCACUCUUGGCGGCUACUACUGCCCACAGUGCAGAGCCAAAUACACUGAGCUGCCAGUGGAGUGUAAAGUGUGUGGUCUGACUUUAGUUUCCGCUCCUCACCUGGCCCGUUCCUUCCAUCACCUCUUCCCCCUUGAGGCCUUCCAGGAGACCCCACUGGAGGAGUAUGAGGGCGAGAGCAUUAAUCUAUGUCUUUUCAGGUUCUGUGAAGCUUGCCAAGGAGAGUUGAAAGACAAAAGUGUGUUUACUUGUCUAGCAUGUAAAAAAGUGUUCUGUGUGGAGUGUGAUCUCUUCAUUCACGACAUACUGCACUGCUGUUCUGGCUGCAUGCAGACUGACAGGACGUCCUGAUGUAUGAUGGCCUCACUACAAGACAUCUGUGAACUUCAGUACAAGUAGAAAAUGAGAGAUGCAGAAGAAAAAGAGGCCACAGAUUCAGAUUCUCAAUGAUUAUUGAGGGUUAGCGUAACGAAAGCCAAUGCUUGUCAGAUCUUUGGCAUCAUAUAGUUGUGCUCAAGCUGUAACUGUAUGAAAGGGCGCCCCCUAUGGGGAAAAGUGUCUCACUGGACCAAAUGAAACCAGCAUCAGAGAAAAACAUUUUGUGCUGUUUUUUUCAGUGUCCUGUUUCUAUUGAAGCCACGUGGUUGUAAUAGAUUUAACAUGACAACUGUUUCUAUAUUUUGUUUCCUACAUACCAUGUUAAUAUACUUGCCUGUGCUCAAUGACGCAAUUCAGUUUUUUCCUUUUAAAACCGUACUGACUUUGCAUGACUUGUUUUUGCAAACUAAAUAAUUAUAUAUAUAUUGUAUAAAUGAUUGCCGGUAUAUAAGUUUAAGGUGCUGUAGCAAAAUGUCUUGAUUUCUAGAGUUUAAAGAGUUGAUUGCAAGGAC